CCCAGAUUAACUGUAGUUGUCGUAAAAACAUUAAAUAUAAUUCCAUACAAUUCGGCCAAGUCGAUUGUCAAGAUUUGCGUAUACAGAACUUGUGGUUUCUUCUGACAACUCUUAAUUUUCUUUCUCGAAGUCGGCCCUGGCAAACUUGUAACGCUGGAGAUUAUCGGACGAGUGUGAAAUAUUAUGAUAUAAUAUUAUAAUUCCGUGUGUCGGUUUUCGUAACAUUACGGAGCGUUUGCAUUUACACCCUGCGAAUUCCGAGCGCACACUGAUUCUGUUAUGUGCGUAAAAGUGCGGGGAUUACCGGCACACCUUCGUUCCAGAGUUUGUGUAUCUAGUUUCUAGUAGCGUACAACUUACCCCUGUAAAUUAAACGAAUAAUCAUACUUGACAAAAAGAUGGACCAGUACAUUCGCGUCCUGGAUGAAACGGAUGAAAUUCUCAGUGUUGCCGAACUUCCGGAAGAUUUGUUAAUAGAUGUUUUCCAGUGUCUGGAUUCCCACGAGCACCUCGUACUGAAAAGAGUGUGUCGAGCCUGGGAAUAUUUGCUGAAUUCCGGAACAUUCACAACGGAAAUUUUCAUUAACUUCUCAAAACCAAUAACCGGCAACGCGCAUUUUGAUCAGACCACUGCUAACAAUAUUCUGAAGUGCAUGACAUUCGCCAACGUUUGCCGCUCAACAGCCCAGCGCUUAAUUAUUCUGGGUCCUUUUCGGACCGAUCGCGCAGUACUCUCGCCCGCGGAAGUGCAAAUCCAGGAAAUGAUGUUCCGCAACAUACACCGCGCCGUCCGCCAGUCGCCGGACUUCUGGAAUCCAGCCAACCGUAAAGGUCACUUCGUGCUGCAUCUCGCCGGCGUCGCGGCGCCGUAUUUUCAUUUGAACAUGUUGGUGCAGAAUUUACUGACACGGGCUACGUGUAUUCGAUAUCGUCUGGAGGACGUGGUAGUCACCAACAUUUUCGGGGAGAACGAUAGCGCGAACGGCAGUCGCUGUUGGACGGACGCCGGUGUCGUGAUUGCCAGAGGAGGCGGUAGAGUACAGCGGCGGGACGAGUUUAUCGAGCAGCUGGCGGAUUUGAUUGAACGGGACAUAGCGCCGGUUGGCGUUCGAGAACUGGAGAUGCUGAAAAUCUUGGUGCGGGGGGAACUGCUCUACGGACAGCAGAAUGCACGCCGAACCGUUUUACAGACCAUCAAAAUGUUUGAGCCCGGUCUGCAAAAGAUUACCGCUCAGCAACUGGCCAGCCUGAAUUUGACCGGUUUGAAGAAGACAACGCUCCGUGCUGUUUGGGAUGAAGUAUCCAAGUUAAAUUUGAUUUUUCACGCUUGUGGGUAGUCUUGCCAAAUGCUGACAAAGCUUGGGAUCGUUAUUCUUUUUAAUGUUUUAAUCUUGCGCCGCUUACAUGAAUGAGUUGCCUGCAAUAUUUGUAACGGGAGCAUUUAUACAGAUUACUGUACAUGUAUGUACACUGUAGUUAUGUACAGAAUACAGUAUGUCAUUAUUGUGGACUUGUGAUAUUAUAGGACACCAUCGCAAUUCGGGAUGAAGUGUAUUAUGUGUCAAAAUGAUGGGAACUGCGUAAUUCUGAGUUUAACCAAUGUUAAUGUGUGGCCCUAGCAUAACACGCAGCUGGCCCUAGCAUAACACCCUAGCAUACAACCGGAGAAGUACUGCCUGGAUGCUGCUGUAGAAUGGCAAGAAACAACCCAAAAGACUUCCCAUCCCCUGAUGCGAGAAAACUCCAGAAAGCAUGGGAUGAGCCCAUAGUCGUAAGCACCGUACAACGAGUGCAAACGGCAAUCGGGAAUGACCUCUCCGGUCAAGCGCGGUUCCUGGGUGUCAGCACAAAGGAAAAUGGAGCGUGGCUGGGAGCACUCCCAGCCGCCUCACUGGGCAAUCUCCUCACCGAUUCCGCGGUCAGGAUCGCCGGUCAUUACCUCACACCGUUGUGUCUGCGGGGAUUGGGCGGAUGCCCGCGGCUACCACGCCCUCAGCUGCAAGAAAAGCCGUGGAAGAAUUCCUACCCAUAAAUGUCUGAACGCUAUCUGGAAGCGCAGUCUCGCCUCCGCCGGCUUCGAAAGCGAAUUGGAGCCACAAGGUAUCUGCCCAACAAGUAACAAGCGCCCUGACGGUGUUACGCUGACACCAUGGGAAAGAGGGCGAAUGUUGGCAAGGGACGCCACGUGUGUUAACACCAUGGCCAUUUCGCACAUCUACACGUGCGGGAGCGGCGGCAGCACAGGCCGAGCAAAGCAAGGCGGAAAAAUACCGGGACAUCACUCCGAACUACCUUUUCAGCGCCUUGGGCUUCGAGACGGUUGGACCGCCCGGACCGGAAGCAACUCGCAUGAUGACAGUAGUUGGACAGAAGAUUCAACAGGAAACCGGCGAAAAGCGGGCCAUCGAAAUCCAACGAGGCAAUGCGGCAUCUAUCCUGGGAACGGCACCGAUGGGGGCAAAUUUAGAUCAAAUGUUCUCUGUGAUUAGGCCGCAUGAGUCAGUUGAUGCUGUGUAAUAAGUGAAGUUUCU